CUGCUGUCCACGUUCCUGGAUUAGCCCGUCACCGAAGGUCUCGAGUCGUAUGGAAGAAAUCCCAUUGCUUGGACGAUGGGCGUCACCGCUGAAGCCUUACUCUCAAACACGAACUGCUUUCUAUGGAUAUACCCCACGAUCUACGUACAUGCUGCUCACACCUACAUAGCCCCCUGACAUUAAACCUAUUUUGCUUUAAAAAGGCGGUUGUCAGAGGAGAAAGGGAAAAGUUGUCGAUGAUGCAAUUCUUGUUCGUCGGAAUAAACUGUCGAGAUCGAUUUUAUAUCAACGAUUUUAGAUGUCGUAAAGACGUUGAGUCAUCUUUAAAUAGCCUAUUUUUAGUUAAAGCACAGGUAAUUACCCUAGGCACUAGUCUUUAAACAAUUUCUUAUCAUUUUCGACUUGGGCGUUAUCGAGUUUUUUCUUAGUCACCAUUCAUCACGUCUUCAAGAUCCAAGUGGCUACUGUUAUUAUCCCCGUGUGUUCAUAUUCUCUCUAGGGGAACAUGCAAGAGACCAGUAGCGAUGGCAUCACCAUUCUCAGCCCCAUCUCGCAAAGGUGAUGCAUGGUUCUACGUCGGCCUAGCCUCUUCUUUCCCCGACAUCACCGACUCGGGCAGCACUAUUCUAUCUGAACCCCGUUCCUGUGCAGAGCAGAACCAAGCCCCUGGCUGCAAGGUCUUCCACGUGCCCGCCAGUGACAGCUCUCAGGCCCGUCAGAUUGAGGGUGACUCAAUAUUCCGUCCCGAGGGAGGUCUGCGGGACCAAGUACUUGUGUUCAAAUACAAGGGCAAAGUCCACGCUAUCAACAACCGGUGUCCACAUUCAUCGUAUCCUCUGUCUGAGGGCACUCCAUUCGAUAUUGAGGACUUUGGUAUUGCACUGAGUGUCGGGAUUACCUGCCCGAAGCACGGCUGGUCUUUUGACUUGUUCUCCGGGAGAGCAGACCGUGCCAACUAUAAGUUGGGGAUAUGGGAAGUCCAGUUACGUCCCAGUUCCGGUACACAGAACACAGCAAGCGGUGAAAAAGCUGGAGAUGACCAGGAGGUAUGGGUAAGGAGGAAACAGAGGAUGGGAUAAUGCCCGAGUUUACGAAAAGUUGUUAUAUGUUAUAUGAAGUAUUAACUAAUGAUAUUUUAAUAUAAUUCAUGUUUAUAUUUACAAA